AUGGCUUCAAAUACCUUCGACCAAUCACUUGCGAGGCUUGAUCAGAUGAUAGCAAUAAUCAAAUCCCGCAUGACUCCUACGGAGCUACAAGCACUUGAAGCAUUCGAUCUACUAUCCUUUGACGAUAAGAUGGCCCAAUGGGAAGCUCGAUCUAGGCCUACUCAGCCAGCCACUCAGCCAACUCAGCUAGCCCCUCAGUCACCUACUCAGUCAGUCACUCAGCUAGCCACUCAGCCAGCCACUCAGCCAGCCACUCAGUCAGCCACUCAGCCAGAGCACUCAGUUGAACAAGAGGAGGAGUCACUACAACAGGCAAAUGCGGAGAACACUGCGGAGAACACUGCGGAGAAAGCAAGCGACAACAAGGCCACCAUCAGCAAGAACACGGCUCAGCUCUCCAUAAUCCCACGUCAUAUACUCUCCACGGUUCCACAUCAAAUUACCACUCAGCAGGCGGAGAACGACACUACGAUUUGGCCUGCUAUCUCUGCAUGCCUAGACAAUAUCACAUUGUGGUACAUCACUGCAAUGAGCACACAAGAGAAGGACCUACUACGUCGAUCGCAGCCAAUUGGACCUCUGCAGGCAAGGGUCACCUAUCGGACGAUGCAUAUUUGGACGAAUUGA